AGAACGUUUCAACACACAAUUUCUCGUUAGAUUUUUGUAUUCAGUCAUCUAUCCUAUCCAAUUUCGAGUGUGUUUCUUUCGGCGUUGCUCUUUACAGAUCGUGCAGUCUGCUCCAUGGGAAGCCAAGAGAAUGAGGGUAACCCCCUCGCCUUCGCACGUGAACCCAUUGCAAUUGUGGGCAGUGGAUGUCGCUUCCCUGGCGGUGCUACAUCUCCAUCUAAGCUUUGGGAACUCUUGAAAAAUCCUCGGGAUAUUUUGCAGGAAAUCCCAGCUACUCGGUUCAACACCGACGCAUUCUACCACCCGGAUAGUCAGCAUCAUGGGAGCGAGAAUGUCAGGCAUGCCUACCUUCUUGACGAAGACCCUCGGACUUUUGAUCGAGAUUUCUUCUCCAUAAACCCGAAGGAGGCAGAGUCCAUGGAUCCCCAGCAACGUAUACUUCUCGAGACAGUGUAUGAAGGCCUUGAAUCAACAGGCUACUCCAUGCAACAGCUUCGGGGGUCGUCUACCGCCGUUUUCGUUGGAUGCAUGAGUUUUGAUUACCAGUUCACUUCCAUUCGCGGACUUGACAGUCUGCCCCAAUAUCACGCAACUGGCAACGCAGCAUCCAUCUUGGCCAACCGCGUGUCAUACUUUUAUGACUGGAGAGGUCCCUCUGUAACACUCGAUACAGCCUGCUCGUCCAGCUUAGUAGCACUUCACCAGGCGGUGUCUGCACUUCGAAAUGGAGAGGUUGAUAUGGCCGUGGCAGCAGGCUCGAACCUUAUUCUUGGCCCUGAGCCAUUUAUUGCUGAGUCGAAACUCAACAUGCUGUCACCUAACGGGCGUUCUUUCAUGUGGGAUGCAUCUGCGGAUGGUUACACAAGAGGAGAAGGAUUCUCCGCCAUCUUUCUCAAGACCCUCAGCCAGGCUAUCGCGGAUGGGGACCACAUCGAGUCGAUUAUUCGUGAGACAGGUGUUAACUCGGAUGGGAAGACUCCUGGCAUAACAAUGCCCAGCUCCGAAUCACAGGCACAACUCAUCCUGGACACAUACGCCAGGUGCGGACUUGAUCCAACUUGCGAAUCUGAUCGACCACAAUACUUUGAGGCCCAUGGAACAGGAACACAAGCUGGUGAUCCUAUUGAGGCUCGCGCCAUCCAGAGUGUUUUCUUUCCUCCCCAAGGGCAAGACGGUCAGCUUUUGGUUGGAAGCAUAAAAACAGUUAUUGGUCACACGGAAGGUACCGCUGGAGUAGCGGGUGUGCUUAAAGCAUCUCUUGCGGUACAACAUGGCUUGAUACCAGCCAACUUACAUUUCAACAAACUCAACCCCAAGAUUCGACCAUUCUACACGAACCUGCGAAUUCCAACAGAGACAGUACCUUGGCCGGAACUCCCACAGGGGUCGCCUCGCCGGGUCAGCGUGAACAGCUUCGGUUUCGGUGGCACCAAUGCCCAUGCAAUCAUCGAGAGUUGGGACGAGUCCAAUUCACUAACGAACGGUCAUUUAGUGAACGGAAGUAUUAAUGGCAACGAAAUCAACGGCCACGGCCACGGCUUGAAUGGUAAUGUCCAGACGGGCCACAGUGGACCUUUCGUGCUGUCCGCCAAUUCAGGCCCAGCAUUGGCCAAAGCUGCUGAAACGCUUGCUACCUACCUUAAAGAAAAGCCGCAGACAGAUAUUCGUCGACUUUCCUACACCCUUUUUAAGAAGACAGAAUUCCCGUUCCGAGCCGCCUUUUCUGCCACAUCUGUGGAGCAGCUUGCGGAUAAACUCGAGGCUUCCAAAACCUCACUCGAGAACAGCUCGCGCACUACAACGAUACCCAAAUCACUACCACCACGUAUUCUGGGCGUUUUCACUGGUCAAGGUGCUCAGUGGGCGAACAUGGGCAAGGAGCUCUAUUAUGCAUCAGAACUAUUCCGGAACGCCUUAGAUCGGAUGCAGCGCAGUCUUGAUACUCUCCCCGCGGAAGAUCGUCCUGACUGGACUUUGGUCGAGCAAAUUGAAGCUCCUGCAAAGACUUCCCGCAUUGGCCAAGCUGCGAUCUCCCAGCCGAUUUGUACCGCUAUACAAGUUGCUAUAGUCGACGUUCUGCGAGCCGCUGGUGUCGAUUUAUCCGCUGUUGUUGGACACUCGUCUGGCGAAAUCGCCGCAGCUUAUGCUUCAGGAUAUCUCAACGCCACUGACUCGAUCCGCAUCGCAUACUACAGAGGUCUCCAUUCCCACCUAGCACAGGGACCAGGAGGAAAGCGUGGCAAGAUGAUGGCAGUUGGCAUGUCCUUGAAGCAGGCAACCGCUUUCUGUCAAGAAGUUGGCGCGGCGUUGACUGUUGCAGCAAGCAAUUCACAAACGAGUUGUACUUUGGCUGGCGAUAGCGAAGCCAUCGAUGCUGCUUUCGCUCAGCUGCAAGAGACUGGCACAUUUGCCCGAAUUCUACUGGUCGACACGGCGUACCAUUCUCAUCACAUGAACGCCUGUGGUACCCCCUAUCUUGAGUCUCUGAAGCGAUGUGGAAUUCAAGUCAGUAAGGGUCGCAAAGACUGCCAAUGGUACUCCAGUGUUUGGGGACCUGACGGUCGUAUUCGGUCAUUCGACCAGGCAGAUGCGCAGCUUCUCAAAGGCGAGUACUGGAUCAGCAACAUGACUCAAGCAGUGCUAUUCAGUCAGGCAAUUUCAAGAGCGCUAAAUGAAGACCAAGCUUUCGACAUUGUUCUCGAAGUUGGACCACAUCCAGCUCUGAAAGGACCCGCCUCUGAGACCAUUAAGUCAUUGACGGGGGUGUCUUUGUUGUAUUCUGGAGUUUUGAAACGCGGCCAGGAUGCCGUAGAGUCCUUUGCUGAUACGCUAGGGCUUCUGUGGAAAUCAUUCCCCUCACAACGACCUUUGAUCACUUGGGAUAGUGUAUGUCGGGCCCUCCCUCUUUCCAGAGGCAGUGGCAAAAUACAGAAGCUUGCGAUCCUCAAAGACCUUCCAUCCUACUCAUGGGACCAUCCAAUUCUACUGUGGAAGGAGUCGAGAUCAUCUCGCAAUUUCCGUACCCAAAGCCACCCGCGCCACGAGCUUUUGGGGCAGUUUAUCACGCACGGUGAGCGUGACAAGCGUGAGAUGCACUGGAAGCAGCUCCUCAGACUGAAUGAGCUCCCCUGGCUGGCGGGCCACAAAGUUCAGGGCGAAGUCCUGUUUCCGGCAGCUGGGUACUUAGCAAUGGCAUAUGAGGCAGCCAUUCGCCUUGUUGAUGACCAGCAGCCACUUCGUCUUGUAGAAUUGCUUGACGUCGACAUUGUUCGUGCCAUGCGGCUCGAAGAAGAGUCAUCGGGUCUUGAGGUCGUCUUCAUUGUCCGUGUUACGAGCCAGUCUGACGAAUAUAUCGCUGCCGAGGUUGCUUGCUACAGCGGUGCUGUUGAUUCAGUUCAGCCAUUGGACGCUCCACAAGCCGGACUCACUGCACACUUUACCGCAGGUGUAAAGCUCUGGCUAGGCCAGCCUGAAAAUGAUGUGUUACCUACUCGAACCGAGCCCCAACUUCCCAUGGACCCUUUGGAUAUGGAACAGCUCUAUUCAAGUCUAUCCAAAGAAGGGCUGAGCUAUGCAGACUAUUUCCAGGCCAAGUCUAUGUUACGGCGGUUGAACCGUUCUGUGGUGACUUUAUCGUCACCGCCUGAACAGUCGGCGAUACCCGCAUGCAUACAUCCCGCACCUGUUGACACUGCCAUUCAUGGCAUAUGUGCUGGGUUCUCCUUUCCUGGGGAUGGUCGGAUCUCCAGUAUCUAUCUUCCAAGGCGCAUUGAUUCCGUCAGGAUCAGCAUGACGCCCUCUGAGUCGAAUAAUUCCAUCCUGAAAGCCGAUGCCAUCGUGACCUCAACGGGACAAACCACUUUAACAGGCGACUUGGACCUGUUCGAUGCGACGACUUCGCAAACCCAAGUACAGAUACGUGGAGUCCACUUAACAGCUGUUGGGCAACGUCGGGACCCGUGGCUGUACGCUUCUACAACGUGGAAAAGAGAUGCCGAGUACGGCAUUGAGCCCGGUUUCGAAGCGAAGCUGUCAGAGAAAGAAUUGGUACUUUACGAACAGCUCACGCGGACAGCGUAUUUCUACCUACGCCAGCUUCGUAAAAGGAUAAUGCCCCAAGAACUGAUGCUAAUGAGCAAGUUCAGAAAGCAUAUGAUGGUCUGGCUUAAUGAUCAUUUAUUUCCUCAGAUCGAGGCUGGUGAGAAUCCGGACAUUCGACCGGAGUGGAAGAAUGACACGCUUGAGAUGGUCCAACAAUGGUAUGCCGGUAACCGAGACAAUAACGACAUGAAUAUGAUUCAUGCCAUGGGGAAAAAUCUGGUCAACAUUGUCCGUGGGACUAUUCCUCCCCUCAGAGUGCUUACAGAAAACGGCAUGCUCGACCGCUUGUAUGUCGAAGGUCUCGGAGCCAAGGAUGGCAAUGCUGAUCUUGCCACCAUUGUAAAACAGUUUGCACAUCAAUUUCCUCGCAUGCGUAUCCUUGAAGUUGGAGCCGGUACGGGAGGUACAACAAAAGCGGCUCUAAGCGCUCUCGGAAACCAGUAUGCGUCUUACACAUACACGGACAUAUCCACCGGCUUCUUUGAAAAUGCCCGUACCGUAUUCAGCCAGCAUGGCAGUAAACUGACUUUCAAGACGCUCAAUAUCGAAAAUGAUACUUCGGAGCAGGGAUUCCCUGAUGGAACGUUCGACAUGAUCAUUUCUUCGAAUUGUCUCCACGCAACGCGAAGUCUGGACGAAACUCUGCGUCACUGUCGACAGCUUCUUCGACCUGGCGGCCGCUUAGUACUGUUGGAGAUCACGAAAGAUUUCCUACCCACUCAGUUGGUUAUGUCAACUCUCCCUGGAUGGUUCCUGGGCAUCGAGGAUGGACGAGUCUGGGCACCGACCGUCAGCGUCGAGCGAUGGGAUGAGUUGCUGAAGCGUAAUGGGUUCUCAGGGGUUGAUUUCAGCUCCACUCCGUCGUUUUGCUCUGUGAUUGUAGCGCAGGCAGUGGACGACACAAUCCAGCUUCUUCGAGAGCCAUUGAAGGUUGCUCCAGUAUCGCCACAACCAGGCGAAAUCAUCAUCGUCAGUGGUAAUGGAAGUUCCGACCUCGGAUGUCAGACCGAGGCAAUCUUACGUGCUGUUGCUCCUUCCAAGACUGUGACCGUGGUGCCAGGACUGGAAGGUAUCCAGGUGUCCACGGGUGCAGCUGUACUUUGUCUUGCCGAUUUGGACAGUCCUGUAUUCCACGACAUGAAGCCGGAAAGAUUCAAAGGAUUGCAGAACGUCAUGGAGACAGCUGAAGUGGUCCUAUGGGUGACCUCUGGAGCGAGUUCGGGCAAGAAUCCUGAUAAUAAUGUCACUGUCGGUCUGUCGAGCACUUUACGUGCAGAGAGAAUGGAUCUCAGGCUUCAAUUUCUCGAUGUCGAUGACCCCGAGUCGAUCGAUCCGUCCGUUAUUGCAAAGAUGCUUCUUCGCCUCAUCUUCCUAGAUGUCUCUAACAAUGACGAAUUACUAUGGACCCAAGAACCUGAACUUGCAUUGAAAGAGGGCGCUCUCUACAUACCCAGAGUGCUACCACUAGACGUCAUCAAUCGUCGUUCCGUGGCGAGGCUGCGACAAGUCAUGCGAACCACCAGUCUUAGGUCUAGAGACACGGCCGUGGUACUCGACAACGGACAAGGAGCGUUUGAAUUGCAUGGCGUUGCUGUCGGUGUUGCCCAAGGAGAUGCAAUACUGGUGCACACCAUAGCUUCCUCUUUCCAUACUCUGAUCUUCGACGGACAUGGGCCCUUGUACUUGUACAUUGGCCGCGAGGGUGCAUCAGGGGAGAAGGUCCUCGCCACUUCGAAUGUAAGCAGCUCUCAGAUCGUAGCGUCCCCAGGUAGUAUCCUGCAUCGCUGGCAAGAUGACAAAACGGACGCUGAGGACACCGCGCGACUACACCUUUUCAUUGUACGGGCACUUGCGGGACACGUCCUCGACAAUGUGAGAAGCCCUACAUGGAUCCAUGGCGCACCAAAUGAUCUUAGGGAGGCCCUCGACUUUGUUGCUCGUGAGCAGAAUGUCACCAUACACCAAACACAAUCGGACACGUCAAGGAUCGCUUCUGUCAAAUUCAUUCAUCCUUACGCGAGCGAAGGAGAUCUGCAGACCAUACGCCCUAAGAACAUACACACUUUUGUCAACCUGGCUUAUUCGCAGCACGAAGCAUUGCAUGAGUUGAUUUGUACUUCUUUGCCUGCUUCAGUAACCGUGUACAAGGUGAACGUCGGGUUGAGUGUCCCCAAACUUCGCACACUGGCGAAGGAACUCUUUGACCACGACCAACAACUUCCUUCGGAGAAAGGCGAAGUUCUGAGCAUCGAUCAGGUUCCAACGAUCACCAAUAAGAAAUUGGGACGAGCAACUCUGGUUCAGUGGACUACUGUCGAUACCGUCAGCGCCAUGGUCCGCCCUCUCGAGCAUGGUGGUCUGUUUUCUCCCGACAAGACAUAUCUUUUGUGCGGGAUGACAGGAGACUUGGGAAUAUCGGUCUGUCUGUGGAUGGUAGAGCACGGAGCUCGAAAUGUGGUCUUGACAAGUCGAAAUCCCAAUGUAUCUCCCAGUGCGCUUGCCUACCUCUCCGCAAAGGGAGCUACCGUCCGGCCCAUGGUCGUCGACAUUGCCAACAUUGACUCUCUUCGCGCAGCUUAUACCGAGAUCAAAUCCAGCAUGCCGCCUAUUGGGGGUGUGAUGAAUGCUGCCAUGGUUCUCCGAGACCGCCUCUUUCAUCACCUUCCUUGGGAGGAUUUUGCCGCUGUUUUGGCACCAAAAAUGGUAGGAUCCAAGAACCUCGAUGAAAUCUUUGUAGACGAGCCUCUGGAAUUCUUCAUCUGUUUCUCAUCCACGACAUCAAUUGUUGGAAGUAUCGGCCAGUCUGCUUAUGCUGCGGCAAAUCAUUACAUGGCGAGUCUUGUGGAACAGCGACGAGCUCGUGGUUUGGCUGGCUCCGUCCUUCAUAUUGCCAUAUUGACAGGGUUCGGAUACAUUUUCAGACGUGAUUCUGACCAUGCCGAUACUAUCUACAAGGCGAUUUUGCCUCGAUUUGACAGGCAGUCGGAGACAGAUCUGCAUGAAAUGCUUGCUGAGGCCAUCGUUUGCGGGCGACCUGGCUCAAGUCAGACCACUGAACUCAUCACUGGCAUCAGAACAGUCUUCCAAGGCGAGUGGCGUGACGAUCCUCGGCUAUCCAGCUACAUCGGCCAGAAGCAGGAGCAGGACCAAAGCGGAGGCCAGGCCGCAGGGACAGUCAGUGUCAAGACCCAGCUUGCCGCGACCGAAGAUCCUGCCGAGUGUUUGGUCAUACUAGAAACGUGCUUCAGGGUAGCAUUGGGUCAUAUGCUUGAGAUGGAUCCCAAACAGCUGGACAGUAACAUGCCUGUGGCAAGCUUGGGCAUCGACUCCCUCAUCGCUAUCCGGAUCCGAGAGUGGUUUUUGAAAGAGAUGGGUGUGGAUGUCCCAGUGCUUAAGGUUAUGUCGGAUACCUAUACAAUGUCGGGGAUGUGUGACGAUGUGCUAGUGAACUGGAGGAGGCUGAGCAAGUCUUAGUCGCGGAGAGACGGCGGCCGAAGAAGAGAUGGAUGGGCAACCACAGACUCGAGAGGAAACAUAGUAGAAACGGAAGGAUAGACUGUCAUCGAGUGAUCAAUCUCCUUAUCUAAAUAUUCUGGGUUGGGAUAGGUAGAGUGCCGAGUUAGAUAUCGCUGCAAUGUUUAAAUAUUUGGACUUGCUUUUGUCGUCUCGUCUUGUUUAUUAGUUGUCAGACUUGAGCUUUUUCAGGGAAAUAAGGAAUGGAUGGAUCCCCUCGCCUCUAAUCCCCUCUCAAGACUCUCUUCGGUAUCUGUAAAAUGUCUGCAGUCCUCCGCGUAUUCCCCGAACUUAGAAUAAAUCGUUCUCCUGUCCAACGCCAUGGCUGUGGAUAACCUUGUAUACGGUGAAUACCCGGCAUUGGGUUCGCUUCUCAUCUUCUCUUCCGAACCGGACGACAGCUCGAAUAUAUGUUGAACGGAAUAAGGACGCUGUCCAGCUGGGAGCAUGAAAUUGUCGCGUCGAUGUCGAGUUUGCUCUCGGCAUUGAUCUUGCUCUUCAUUCUGGAUGUGAUACGUGCGACGGUUGGUGUCGUGUGGCAAGUAGCCAAGCUACCACCACUGCUGUAUGCAUUGACACCAUUGCCUUGCUCCGGUGGAUCCCUAGGGAUCGUUCGCUGUGGCUUCGAGACUGAUUAUGACGAGUCUCAAGAUUGCCGGGAGCCCUCUUCUCCCGGCAUGAAACAUCGCCCAUGAGGUUGAGAGGUGGAUAAUAAAUUCGCAGGCUGACGUUGGUUUUCCGCCGGUAUCUAGGGCGUUUCAAUUGGUCGUUCCCCUGUCCGCUUCUGUACGAAAUACCUACCUUAACAUGAGGUGAUAUUCCUGAAACGAGAGUCAUGUGAUC